CGAUUCCUGCAUAACAUUUUAGUAGGAAAUUAGUCCAUGGGAGUCGUUAGGUCUGACCACUUGGGGCUAUAGCCCCACGUAUUUUCCGUCUACCCGAUGCCUAUCUUCCUUUAAAAAAAGGCCAAACUCCGGCAUGGCGGUAAACGAGGGGGACGAGGCGACCGUCUCUCUUGUAGACGUCCUGGAGGAAGACGAGGAAUUGGAAAACGAGGCGUCGGCAGUGCUGGGCGGUAGCGACUCGGAGAAGUGUUCAUAUCCCGAGGGCUAUGUGAAGCGACAGGCGCUGUAUGCAUGCAACACGUGCACGCCGACAGGUGGAGAGCCGGCCGGAGUCUGUCUUGCCUGCUCCUACACAUGCCACGAGGGCCACGAGCUUUUUGAGCUCUACACCAAAAGGAACUUCCGCUGUGAUUGUGGGAAUUCCAAGUUCAAAGACUUUGAGUGCAAGCUAUGUCCCGAAAAAGAUCAACUGAACACUGACAACAAAUACAGCCACAAUUUCUUUGGCUUGUAUUGUAUCUGCAACAGGCCGUACCCGGAUCUAGAGGACCAGAUUCCAGAUGAGAUGAUUCAGUGCAUCGUUUGCGAGGACUGGUUCCACGGGAGACACCUGGGUUGCAGGGUGGCAGAAGGGGUGGAAAUGCAGGAGAUGGUUUGCGAGACCUGUAUGAACAAGGCACCUUUCUUGUGGACCUACGCCACCCAUCUGGCAGUGAACUCAGUCAAGGUAGAUGAUGAGAUAACGGAAGAGAAGGUGGUUGUGAAGAAGGAGGAUUUUGACAGCAGCUGUAGGAAUGGCACAGAGGAACCCUCGACCAGCCUGCAAUGUCAGGAGGAAGAGAAGGUCCAGGCCAAUAGAGCCAUAUCUGGCAAGCGAAAACACCAGGAAGUGGAGGGUUCAGCAGUGCAUUGCAGGCUGACGGAACUGGAGGCCCGGAUACUGUCCAGGCCAAGGGAGGGAGCCGUCUUCUGGCCUCAGUUCUGGCGCUCCAGACUAUGCACCUGCACCAACUGCAAGGCGGUCUACACAGAUGUGGGGGUGCCCUUCCUGCUAGAUGAGUCAGACACAGUCCUAGCCUAUGAGAACAAGGGAAAGACAACAGAUCAGGAGGACAUGUCUGAGGGUCGUGACCCACUAAUGUCAGCACUCAACACGCUGGACCGUGUGCAGCAGCUGGAGAUCAUCUAUGAGUACAAUGAUAUGAAGACAGAGCUGAAGGAGUAUCUGCAGAGGUUUGCACAUGAAGGAAAGGUGGUGACCCCUGAAGACAUCCAGCGCUUCUUUGAGGAGCAGCAGAGCCGGAAAAGGCGGCGAGCCAAUGCUGGCCAGUACUACUGCAGCUGAAGAAGCAUUGCACCAUACAAUCUUUCCAUGUCCACCAAGCCGGAACCCCAGCUUUUAAUAUUACUGCCAUUACAACAAUGCCAGUAUAACUUACUACUCUCCCUGUCCUGCUAUUCUACUUGUGCUUUUAAAUAAAAAUGCAGUCAGUAUCUCCAAGGUUGUGCAUCCCACCUGUUAUGGUAAUAAUUUAAAAGAGCACAAAAAUGUGUGUGGUGUCCCUUUCCGGAAGACUUUCCAGCUGGAAGAGCAAGUAGUGAUGGUAAAAUUAAAAAACCAUGUAAGUGGACCAAAAUGGAAACUUCGUUAGUGACUUGCUUUGGUUUGCCAGAGGCAGGUUCUCCCUGUUUCUGCAGUUCUUCACUGGUGUGUUUUGAAGUAAGAAAUUACUGUUAUUGUAAAUAGCUCUGUCCCAACUGGUUUUUUCCAGAUUCUUGGACCAACUACACAUCCUCUCAGAGGACUGGUUUGUCAUCAUGUCUGCUAUUCCCAUGACACAGAGUGUUGGAAAGCAUCAUGGGAUCAUGUAUCAUUUUUUGUCCCACUCCUUGUCCCUGCAUUUGAACUUGUGGUGUCUCCAUUUCUGUGUGUGACAAUUUGAGAAAUAAAGUUGAAUGAUGUAACGAG